AUGCCACAACCUCUUGAGAAUGAAGCUUCGCCAAUGGAACCGCUCCAGGCGUUGCCAGCAGCUGCGUCUGCCUUGAAGCUCACGAAAUCGAGACAUUCCACCCCUGUCCUAGAAUCAUUACCGUUGUCGCAAUCUGAAACCAAUCUUGCCUUUCGUCGCUCGAAUCCGUCGGCCGCUUCCUUAUAUGCUUCCACACUCUCCCCGCCUGGUUCGCGGUCGAUAUCACCAGCCGGGCGAGGUUCGCCUUCUCGAGUUCUAUCGCAUACCGUCUUCGAUGCACGACCCAACCGGCCACUCCCUGAGACUGGGGGAGACGGCUCAGAACCGUUGAAUCUGAUCCUUCGAGCAUUCGUCCCUCAUGUCUCAAUUUACACUUCAGAAGAUACGGAUGCCUUGAUGAGUGAAAAGGGCUUCCGGAAUAGCCUGUGGGAACUCCUUCGGCCAUUUGGAGAAGAUGUGCCAGGCAAGGUUACAAUAAGAGAUAGCAACGGCUUGAGUAAAGUAGCAGAGGGAUUUUCCAUCAGAUUUACAAGAUUUGGCGACAAUAUUGAGCAUCCUGACCCGACAGUCUCGGGCUUCAGAAACCCCACGUCACAAGCUCAAAAUGGCACCCAGGCAAGCACAUCAAGGGAUAAACAGUUUCUUACGGAUGUGGAGGCUGUGGUUGACAGCCACUUGUCCUAUGCAGAGGAGUCUUUCGCAGCAAUGCCGCAUCGCGGCUUAUUCGCGGAUCAAGAGACCGACUCGGGAGAGACAUCGCCAUAUUAUGCUCUGUAUCUGCGGCGAUUGCUAUCCGGCCUUCCUAUAUCACCGCACGAAACCUUCUCGCAUCCAAUAGCAUGUGUUAUUGCCAUUAGCUCACGAAAUCCCGACCCGCUUGAAGAGUUGAGGAGACUCUACACUGAGACAAACCAAGGUGCCAAAAAGCUGCCACCUUGGGUGGACAGUGAAUUUCUCAGAUAUUAUGUGUUGGUACAUGAUGAAGAAAAGGACGACAUAACAAAAUCCAUGGGACUAUUCGAACAGAUGAAGCGACAUCUUGGAAUGCAUUGCCAUCUUCUUCGAUUGAGAAGUAGCCAGAGCGCCGAGACAGACGAUGACAGUAUACCACUACCCCGUAGUGAUUGGAUGUCUGCCCAUAAGGAACUCGAGGAUAUCCGACGAAGCGAAGAUGACGAGGAUUUUGAGGACCCAACACGCUACAUAUUUGAAUCUGAUGCUACUGCCAUUCGUACAUUUGUGCGUGAGAUGGUGACCAUGUCCAUUGUCCCCCAUAUGGAGCGGAACAUCUCCCUUUGGAACGAUCAGGUGGCAUCUCGCAGGAGAGGCCUGACCGGUCGCUUCAUGAAUCUAUCAAGAAAAUGGGCUUUUGGUGGUAGCUCCAGAAACUCAACAGGUGGCACUAGCAAUGCAAGAGACAACUACAAUGCUGCAGGCUUUUAUGGAUCAGAAGCCCCUGAGGCUAUUAUGCGGAAGUUGGCUGACUACGCCUUCAUGCUGAGGGACUGGAAGUUGGCGCAUUCAACAUACGACUUGCUGAGAUCUGAUUUCAGCGAUUCCAAAGCUUGGAAACACCAUGCAGCCGCCAACGAAAUGGCUGCCCUCAGUCUUUUGAUCCUUCCACAACAAAUGUCGUCUAAGAAUCGCGCUGAAACCAUCGAUCAAAUGCUGGAGGCUGCAUUCUAUUCAUACAACACCAGGUGCAGUGCUCCCUAUGGGGCCUUGAGAAGCCUACUCUUGAGCCUGGAGCUGUUACGCUUGCGAGGUGGCACGAACAUUGACGACGCAGGCCGCUGGGGAGUAAGGCUUCUUGAGUCAAAGAUUGCGGGUAACGUGGGUGAUGCCUUGAUAAAGGAACGUAUCGCCACUUGUUACAGCUCGAAAGAGGGAGUCGGAAGCUGGCGCUGGGGCUCACGUCGUCGCAAGUCGGCAACGUGGAGUAUUCUUAGUGCAGAUGCCUGGCUCCAGCAAUCAAAGCAUAUCCAGGCGCGACGGUGUUUAGAUGAGAGCCAGAGGAUGUAUUCGACUUUGCCUCAUAAGGAGGGGAUUUACAAAUUCGAAGCAGCGGGCGACUUCAUGGCCUCGUUGCAGCAUAGUUUAGCGGAAUCGCCGGGUGCCUCGGAUAAUGAUGGUGAAGGCGGCGACGAUGAUAAUAUUGAUGAGGAGAGUGAGGCACUCAACGAUUUGAAGCCAAGACGGCCUAGUACGGCGGCGGCGGAUAUGUAUCAAGAUACAGCCAAGGAGGAAGGUAGCAGCACAGACGAUGGGACGUAA